CCAACGAAAAUAAAAUUCAAAAAAAUAAACAGAAAAAACAAAAGAAAAGCCUGAGAGAAACUGCGAGAAAAUUCAUAAAAGGAGAAAAAAAAAAAAAAAGGCGUGAAGAAGGAAGAGAAACAAAUAUCUCUAAUUGUGUGUGUUGAGUUCGAGUUUUGAAUCUUUUUGAGAAGAGAAAUUUUGGUUUAGUAAAUGAAAUAUGGUGGCUGAAGCAAAGGUUGUCUGUCAACAGAGCGUCCCUGUGUUGGAUGUUCAAUAUUUUGCCAGAGGAAGCGGCGUUCACGAGAUUGAAGAUGUUGUUAACAUCUCACCGAGAAGGUUAAAUCAAGUUCGUGUUUCGGAUUCUCUGCCUGCCGAUUUAUCUACCUCUCAAGUGGUGGAUAUAGAAUCUGUUGAGAAAAUUCCGGAUGUGUCUCUUGAGCAUGCAAUCUUGCAAUUUGUUCCCAGUGUCCGUUCCGGCAGCUUUGCUGAUAUUGGGCCGCGAAGAUAUAUGGAAGAUGAGCACAUACGGAUAGAUGAUCUGUCCACACAACUGGGUUCCCUUUUCAAAUUCCCCAAGCCAAGUGCUUUUUAUGGGGUUUUUGAUGGUCAUGGAGGACCUGAAGCAGCAGCUUAUAUUAGGAAAAAUGCAAUCAGACUCUUUUUUGAAGAUGUUAAUUUUCCCCAAACAUAUGAAGUUGACAAUAUCUUCUUGGAAGAGGUGGAGAACUCCCUUCGGAAAGCAUUUCUUCUGGCCGACCUAGCUCUGGCAGAUGACCACAGUGUGAACAGUUCUUCUGGGACAACUGCUCUUACUGCUUUUAUAUUUGGAAGGCUAUUAAUGGUGGCCAAUGCUGGUGAUUGCCGAGCAGUUCUCUGUCGUAAAGGAGAGGCAAUAGAUAUGUCCCAAGACCAUAGGCCUGUUCAUCCAUCAGAACGAAGGCGUGUUGAAGAAUUGGGUGGGUACAUUGAUGAUGGUUAUCUCAAUGGUGUUCUAUCAGUUUCUCGAGCCCUUGGGGAUUGGGACAUGAAAAUCCCUCGAGGUGCUCCUUCACCUCUCACUGCAGAGCCAGAGUUCCAGCAGGUGGUUCUGACAGAGGAUGAUGAGUUUCUUAUAAUUGGUUGUGAUGGGAUUUGGGAUGUUAUGUCAAGUCAGCAUGCUGUCAGCCUUGUCCGUCGUGGGUUGCGGCGACACGAUGAUCCAGAACAGUGUGCUAGGGACCUUGUCAUGGAGGCCUUGCGCCGGAACACAUUUGACAAUCUGACUGUGAUUGUUGUCUGCUUCUCCACCCUUGAUAAUCGGGAGCCAUCACCAUCUAGGCAAAGGAGACACAAGUGUUGUAGCCUCUCUCCGGAGGCCUUUUGUAGCUUGAGGAACUUCUUGGAUAGCAGUACCAACCGUUGAAUGUAUAUAGCAUAAUUUUUAAAUAAAAUUCCCUUUUUGGAAGGGGAAUCUGUUUCUGGCUGCUUCAGUUUUACGCUAGAAAAAGCAGCUAGCAUUUUUGUAAGUGCUGAUUUUUCAAACGGCACACCGUGAGUUGGAUGAAUGUAUACAAGUGGUGUGGGUGGAUGGUGGCGUUGGUGCUGAGAUUAAAAUGUUGUACAAUAAUGUGUUCGUCGGGGAUUUGUUUAUUCUAACAAGUCCAGUAUGGUUGUCCAUUUUGACCUUAUUUAUUUUUAAUUGUACCGUUAAUGUAUAUACAGUUUGAAUAAAAAGAUCUUAAUUUUUAUUUUCAUA